AUGCUAGCCGAAAAGGUCCAGCAGCCACCUGAUGUGGUGCAGACACCGGAUCCGCAUUAUCCGCAGGUUACCCUGAGGGAGCAGUAUGAUCCAACUGACUUCCCGACCUUCGAUCAAGCUUGCCUUGGCUGCUAUAUGUCUGACGCUCAUCCCAGUGGUGCGGGGGCAGAUUGGCGUGCUGGCACAGAUGUGCGUCACUCAAGCAGUGCGCUGAGUGCGACUCUUUGGAGUGCGAGCAGCCCUGAGUUGCAUCCGCCCAUUGCAGCUCUGACCAUGCUGAAGGCCGAGGACAGCAAGCCACAAAUGGCGCAGCUUUUGUCAGAGCCCGUUGAUGAGGUCCGUACGCCGGAGUCCUGGCUGCACCAAGAGCUGGACCGGCCACAAAGCCGGCUGUAUGCCUUGGACUACGACGCCACCGCGGAGAAGGCGGAGAAGGAUGAAUGGACCCAGGUGACCCCGAAAGGCUUCGGAGUUGAGAGAAAGACUCAGAUUGGGCAAAGCAAUGAGGACAGGAAACUUUUUGAUGUUGACCAAGUGCCAUCGCCAGCACCUGUGCUCUCACCUCACGCGGCUCUGAAGAGCCGCGGCAUGGGGAACCAGUGCUGCUGCGAUGAAGACCCCUUGAACAAGCCCGUCGAUGCCAACGUUCUGGUGUGGCGACCGGACCAGCCCUUGCGUCGCCCGGAGCCCACAGCGGCGGAUCUCCUGAAGCGCGACGAGCAGCUGGAUGCGGCUUUGGACCGGAUAGCUCGACAUCAACCGGAUGACCCCUCGCCACGGCAGUCCAUGCCGAAGGCGGCGGAGGUGGCGGAGUUCCGGCGUUCCUCCCAGUACUCUCAGCGCUCGGAGAUAUGUUUUCAAGAAGCACGGCAUCAGCAGCAACUGCUUCAACCUCCCAGCAAGAUCGGCGAGGACGUGGACUCCAACGAGGGCUUACGCCCGCCCAGUGAGGUGAGCAUGCCCGGGGGACAUGUCCCGCAGCACGAGGUGCAGUGGCUUGUGAAGUACGACGGCGACGCCGACCCGGCGGCCAAGGCGCCCGCGCGGCCACAGAGGUCGCCUGAGCAGAGCCCCGUCAGCGCGGCGAUCCCUGUGGCCUCGUCCAAUUCGUCGCCGCCGCACGCGCCGCCGCUGGAGACCUCGCGGGAGGCGCCGCAGCAGACGUCGCGGGAGGCGCCGUGGGAGGCCGCACAGGUGUCGGAGGGUCCGCAGCCUGAGCCAGUGCCAGAGGUGGUGGCCGACCCCCAGGAGGAAGAGGCGGACGAGGAGGUGCCUCUGCUGCCAAUCUGCUUUCAGAAGGAGGACGAGUCCUUUGAGGAUGUCUUCUUCUUCGCCUUUCCCAUUGGUUUUGAUCUCAGCAAGCAGAAGCCCCUCACGGUGAAGGGAGUGAAGCCCGAGAGCUACGCCGAACAGCUCGGCGUCCAGGUGGGCUGGAAGAUCAUCAGCAUCGGAGGGGUUGACGUGUCAGACAUGGGGGCCACAGAGCUUCUGGUCGUUCUUGCUGAGCAGAAGAAGAAGCAUCUUGGCUGAGGAGAUUCCAACGACCGUCAGGAGACCCAGUCACUGCAGGUUGAACUUUUACAAUUGGUUGGUUGAUUAACGGGGGCAACCAAUAGCUUGUUGCAUGGAACUUGGGAGCUUUCCGUGUCCCUUUUGUACUUGGAACUUCACGGCGAAGGGAUAAACAUUGCCCUUGCGAUCAUACCUGCCUCACAAGUGGCACGAAGCCAGUUGUUCACUGGGGUAUUUGUGCCACGAAUGUUGAGGGGGUAUAGUAUAGAACCAUUGUGGAGUAGAAAAAACAUGUUUAUAGG